AUGUUGCCAUCGGGCUCCACCCCGCUUUCCCUCAUCGCCGACACACCGUACGCUCAGAGGACACAGGAGUUCAUCGGCCUCGUUUCCAUUCUCCGCUCCCUCGGCGCUCAAUCCCUCUUCGACCUUCCCCGCAUUGUCGUGAUCGGUAACCAGAGCGCGGGGAAGUCAAGUCUGGUGGAGAGCAUCGCCGGGAUCAGCCUUCCUCGCGACGCGGGUACCUGCACACGUUGUCCGAUGGAGUUGCGCCUCGCCCGCGCGGAUGCGUGGUCGUGCCAGAUCCAGAUUCGGUACGAGUUUAACGACGCCGGCACGCCGCUCGCCCUCGAGGACGUGCGCGAGCUCCAUUUCGGACCGUUACUGCACGACAGGAUACAGGUCGAGCCAAUGCUGCGACGCGCACAGGCAGCAGUCCUCAGCCCCCAGUUGUCCUUCGAUCACUUUCUACCCGACACUGAUUCUUCGGAGGAUGGGACAGGCAAGAACAAGAAUCGCAAGAAUGGGCGGCUCGGCGCGAGCCCCACGCAGGGGUUCGAAUCCCUCCCGUUCUCGAGGAACGUCAUUUGCGUGGACGUGAGGGGACCAGAGCUCAUUGACCUGUCUUUCGUUGAUCUCCCUGGAAUUGUGCAGAACGCGGAGCCUGAGAUCGUCAAACUCGUGGAAGACCUCGUCACGUCCUACGUCCAGGGGACUUCUGUCAUUCUUCUGACUCUUCCUGUCAGCGGCGUUCUCACCAAGCCCGACACGCUCCCCUCCGGCGCGUCGUCCAGCCGGGCGAUGUGGCUUGACGUCCUCGAGGGGCGCCGCCAUGCGCUCAAACACGGCUACUUCUGCACUCGGCAGCCCGACGACGACGCGCGGCUUGCGGGGAUGGCACCCGCCGCUGCGCGCGACAUGGAGGCCGCCUUCUUCCGCACCGCGGCACCGUGGGCGAGCGCGUCGGCCGCGGCAAAGUCGCGGCUUGGGACCCCGAACCUGGUGCGGAGCGUGAGCGAGCUCCUGACGCGGCUCAUCCAGAAGAAGCUCCCCACAUUCGCACGCGAGGUCGCCGUACAUCGCGCCGCCUGCGCUGACGAAAUCGCCCGCCUGCCACCGGUCGUCACCGCCGACCCGCCGACCCAUGUGCUGGAGCUCGUCACUACCUUUUGUGGCGCGGUCUCAAACCGCGUCGAGGGAUCCCCUGUGCACGCGGCCCUCGUGCAACGACACAACGAGGCGUACAUCAGCUUCAAGCGCGCGAUUCGCGGCACUGCGCCCGAGUUUGUCCCGUUCGAGCGCGUGGGAGCGCCACUUGGGUGGUCGAGAGUGUCGAGCGAAGACAGCGACGUCGAGGACAACAGCUCCGAUGGACACGACGAGGAUAACGACGAAGAGCGGAAUGCGCUGUACCUAGACGACGUGCGCGCUCGGAUCGAUGCGUGCCGGACGCGCGAACUCCCAGACAACACGCCCCCCGAGGUCUCUCGCGCCCUGAUCCGCGACUUUCAGCACACCUGGGAACACCACGCCCUCGCCUGCUUCGAGCGCGUUCACGAGUCAUUUAACUCGACCCUCACCAUUCUCAUUGACGAUACGUUCUCGCGCUUCAGUGCUCUGCGUGUGGCCGUCGGAGACUCUGUCACCACCCACCUCCAGAGGCACGCCGCGCUCGCUACUGCACACAUCCUCACGAUACUUGCGAUGGAGCGCACGGUGCCAUACACGCAAAACACGCACUACUUCGCCGCGAAGCGGGAUGCGUACCUCGCACAGUAUCGCGACGCCCGCCAGCCCCUUUCUGCCAGCUCGGGCUCAGACCGCUUGCCCGACGAUGGAGCAAGCGACGAGGUAUACGGAGAGGAAGACGGCAACAACGAUGAAGAAGUGAACCGGGAGCUGCUUGCAAUGCUCGCCCGCGUAGGAUACGCCAACGUGACGCUCGCGGAUCUCGCAAGGCUCGCGCCAGCGGACGAGCACACGGCAGAACUUGCGACAAUGGCGGAGGUUGGCGCGUACUUCCACGUCGCGUACAAGCGCGUGGUCGACUACGUUCCGCUUGCGAUCGACCAACACUUCCUCUACAGCUUCGCGGCGGGGCUGCAACGCGCGCUCGCCGAGGCACUCGAGCUGGGCGUGGAUGGCGCAGGAGGGCGGUGUGCGGCGUACGUUGCAGAAGACCUGGAAAUCGUCACGGCCCGAGCAGAGUUGGACGCGCGGCGGAAGCGGCUGGAGAGCGUGCAGCGGGCGCUGUCGCGGUUUGGUGUGCCAUGCGGGUGA